AUGGAAUAAACAUCAUUGGAUUUUAAGAUUGAUAUAUAGCCUAAGAGAAUAACAGAACAUGUAGAACCUGAUGUGGAUCUAACUGUAGACAAAUAUGAUUCAGUUUAUCAAAAUAACCAAUAGGAAGAAGAGAUAGAAGCAGCUAAUGUAAAUUAAGCAAUUAACAUAUUAGAAAGAUCUUUUAGUACAAUAGUAUGAUAUAACAGAAGCUGCUCAUCCUUUAAUUUGUAUUGCAGCAGUAGUACUAACAGGAUUACCAGGAUUGAGUUUUAUUAUUUUGUAGGAUAUGUCAAAUACAUAUCUGUUGGUUGGAUUAUUACAAUUAGUUCAAUUUAUUUUGAUGAAGAAUUAUUUUGGAUUAAAAUUGGUUGGAUUGUGUUGGUGGAUUGAAUUCAAUGCUAAAAAAUGGAAUGUUCAAACUUAAUCCUAAGAACAAUCGAAUAAAGUUGAUUAGUGUUUUUUUUGGGCUUGCCUUGUUUAUGGAACUAUUUUUUGGGCUAUCAUGUGUUUAGGAGAUUUAAUUGGAUUUAAAGCUAUUUGGGUAAUUUAUUAAUAGUAUUUUCAUAAGUUGCCAUUACCAAUUCUAUGCCUUUUUUUAUCUGCAACAAAUUUUCAUGGAUUCUAUAAGUGUAGAGGGGAUCAUAAGAAAAAAUUAUAGUAAUUGAAAAGGGAAAUGGCCAAGAGUGGUUUGAAUAUAGUGGGAAUGAUUAUGAAAUGAGAU